AUUUUUGAUCUGUCAGUGACGGCAAUACAAACAGUUUUGAAUAUUUUUAGAAUAUAAAAUUAAUAAUAUAAAGCUGCUAAACCACUAAUCUCUGAUUUAAGAGAUACGUAUUUAUCUGACGCAAAAUAUUUUACAACAAUGUUUGAAACACCUUUACAAAAAAAAUAUUUUUUAAUAUAUCUUUUUUUAAUUUUCUUAAGCAAUGGGGAUGCUGGGGUUAUGCAUAGUCACAUGCACGAAAAUAAUAAAGAAAGAGAAGUUGAUGGGGCUUACAUAAGACGUAACAAGGAACAUUAUAACGAAGCUGGCGAACAUCACAGUGAAUUCGAUCAUGAAGCAAUUUUAGGAAGCUAUAAAGAAGCUGGAGAAUAUGAUCACCUACCACCAGAAGAAGCCAAAAAGAAAUUGAAAAUAUUACUUUCAAAAAUGGAUUUAACCCAUGAUGGAUUAAUAGACAAGAAGGAAUUAAAGGCUUGGAUAUUAAGGUCUUUUAAAAUGUUGUCAGAAGAAGAAGCCAUAGAAAGGUUAGAAGAUGCAGAUGAAAAUAAUGAUGGUGUGGUUACUUGGACUGAAUAUGUAUCUGAUACUUACGGGGCAGGGGAAGAUGCAGAAUCAAUAAAUAUGCAUGGGGAAAGUUCAGAUCUUAUUACAGAAGAUAAGGAACUAUGGAAGGCAGCUGACAAGAACAAUGAUAAUCUCCUUGAUUCUCAAGAGUGGAUAGCAUUUUCAAAUCCGGAAGAGCAUCCUGAUAUGAUUCCACUGAUUUUAGAGCAGACAUUAAAAUCCAAAGAUAAAGAUGGAGACAAAGUUAUCACUUUUCAAGAGUACAUUGCAGAAAGAGGAAAUGAUCUCAGUAAAGAAGCUUUACAGGCUGAAAAGGUUAAGUUUGAUGAAUAUGACAAGGAUGGGGAUGGAAAAUUGUUUGGAAGUGAAAUUUUAUCUUGGAUAGUCCCUAGUAAUGACGAAAUAGCUGAUGAAGAGGUCGAUCACUUAUUUGCACAUAGCGAUGAUGAUGUUGAUGGAAUAUUAAGUUUCCAGGAAAUACUUGAUCAUCAUGAUGUAUUUGUUGGUAGCGAAGCCACAGAUUAUGGGGAUCAUUUGUAUAAUAUACACAAAUUUAGUGAUGAAUUAUGAGAUAAAUUGGUUGUGAUAUUUGUAAUCAUAAUAUUAGGUAUUUAUUUGCUUUUAUGUGCCAUUAGAUUGUAUAUGUAUCUAUUCUCUCUGGAACAAAUAUUUAUCGAUACUGUAGAUAUCGUUAUGAACCAUUUAUGUAGUAUCAAAAAACUUAGAUUAAUUAUGUAUGUGUGCCAAAUCUUAAUAAAUAUUUAGAAUCAAUCAGAUUUCAAAGA